GUCAUGAUGAAAAGGAUCAUGGGAAAGUUUUGAACACUUGAACAGACCAGUCAGCAUGCUCUGAUGCUGAUGACUGACUUCCAGAACAAUGCCCGUCUGUGCAAGUGUGACAGCAAACCUGGAAGCUCUGCAGAGUUCAUAACCUCAUGUGGAUUUUUCUUAUGAACACGUCUCUUAUGAAAAACGACCAUGGCUUCGGCAGCGUGGUAUCACCGUGACAUCAGUCGUGUGCGUGCAGAGGACUUGUUGGCACGGGCAGGGAGGGAUGGCAGCUACCUGGUGAGAGACAGUGAGUCUGUGCCAGGAGCCUAUGCAUUGUGCCUGCUAUUCCAACGCCAUGUUCACACUUAUCGUAUUCUUCCUGACGCAGACGGUCUUCUGGCAGUUCAGACAACACAGGGGAUCCAGGUGAACUGUUUCCGGACCAUUGAGGAUUUGGUGUUGGGGUACCAGCAGCCCCACAAAGGCCUGGUCAUCCCUCUCCUCUACCCGGUCCCCCCGGACACAGACACAGGGAAGGAGAGCUCAGAUGAUGAGAAGCCAACUCCAGUCUCCAUCAACAACGUGUCCUUCACAGGACCACCAGCAAAACCAGCCCCACAUGCCAUUUUCUUGGAGAAGUUGCAGGAACUGAACACAUCCAAGGCUGCAGGUGAGGUGAUCGGCCUGCUCAACAACUACCUCUUCAGUGAGCUGCCCCUCGACAUGGAAAACGUGCACAAAGGGGCGACAACUUUAAGGCAUCUGAAGCGCACUCUGGCCUCUGCCUGCCAAGGCCUCAACAGUGAGAUUGAUCUCACGCUUGUGAGUCUGGAAACCUUGGCUAAAGUCUUCGACCAUCCGUGCUGCCCUUUAGCACCCACUAAGACGCAGUGUCCAGAGAUGGAGAUUGACAGCUUGCUAUGUAAGAUCUCAGCUUUGGUCAGCCUCCUUUCUUCAUUAGAGAAAAAGGUAUUAAAGGCGUUGCAAGAGGCUGUGACUAAUCACAACCUGGCAGCGCAGCCUAGCCCAGCUCCUCCUGAACCAGUGCCUGCCACUGUAGCACCUGUGAAAAUCCACACCAGACAGACGCCUGUGCACUCCUUUCAGGUAAAGGUGAUGAGGUACGGCAGACAAACCGUUUCUGUGGAUGUGGACACGGGAGUGCUGCUGUUUGACAGGAAGCCUGGCUCGUUCGGUGUAGAAAGAGUUUCACACGACAGAAUCCUCCAGGUUGUCAAGUUCCAAAACAGCCCGGCAAAGAUCCGGAUGGUGGUUGACAGCAACCACAACGCUCCACGGGAAAUGACCUUUGAGAGUGCACGGAAAUGUAACUCCUUCUGCCAUCUCCUCCUGCUGAUGAAGACCACACACGCUCAGCUGGACCAGCCUGAUCUGGUCUCUGUGUUUGUUGGCACCUGGAAUAUGGGGGGUUCCCCUCCUCCUCGCAGCCUGCAGUCAUGGGUGACCUGUUGUGGUCUGGGCCACACCCCAGACGACUCAACUGCGUUACUUCCUCAUGAUAUCUACGCUAUGGGAACUCAGGAAAACUCUCAAGGGGAAAAAGAGUGGACAGAGCACGUUAAAGCAACUCUACGCAGCUGCACUCAAGUUGACUUCAAGCUAGUGGCCGUGCAGUCCCUCUGGAACAUGAGGCUGGCCGUGUUUGUGAAGCCUGAACAUGAGAGUCGCAUCAGUCAUGUGAACGCAGCCAGUGUGAAGACUGGCUUUGGAAACACACUGGGGAAUAAAGGAGCUGUUGGUGUUUCCUUCAUUUUUAAUGGGACAUCGUUUGGGUUUGUUAACUGCCACCUGACGUCCGGAAGUGACAAAAUACUAAGGAGGAACCAGAACUUUGUGGACAUCCUCAGAUUUCUUGCUCUGGGUUACAAACCUCUUCACGGCUUUGAUAUCAGCCUGCGCUUCACCCACCUUUUCUGGUGCGGAGACCUCAACUACAGGCUUGACUUGGACGUCCAGGACAUCCUAAAACACGUGUCCAAACGAGAGUUUGAGGAGCUCAUGUGUGCAGACCAGUUAACUCGAGAAAGACACAAGAGGAAGGCCUUUUUCAAUUUCAAGGAAGAGAAAAUUGCCUUUCCGCCCACUUAUCGGUACGAAAGAGGCUCCAGAGACUGCUACCUGUGGCAGAAGUACAAGACGUCAGGGGUGCGAGUUAACGUGCCAUCGUGGUGCGAUCGGGUUUUGUGGAAGUCCUACCCGGAGACGCACCUCAUCUGCACCGCAUAUGGUUGCACAGAUGACAUUUUCACAAGCGACCACUCGCCUGUUUUUGCCACUUUCCAAGUGGGAGUGUCGUCCCAGUGCGGCUCCAAAAAAGAUUUAAAUUUCAGUGUGGAGAAGGCCUGGAUUGAGCUCGAAGGUACUGACGCCAUUGUGAAAACGGCAAGCAAGGCGAAGUUCUUCAUAGAGUUUCAUUCCUCUUGCCUUGAAGAGACGCAGCGCUCCAGUGAGAAUAAUUCACAGAGCUGUGACGUUCCUGGGUUUCUCAAACUGGGCUGGUCCUCCAAACAGCUCCCCAAGCUUUUUCCAGUUUCAUCUGACAUGGAGUAUCUUCAGGACCAGCACCUGCUGUUAUCUGUAAAGUCAUGUGAUGGAUUCGAGUCAUAUGGUGAAUGUUGUGUGGCGCUGGGCUCCCUGAUCGGCGCGUCACAGAAAUUUGAGACAUUUUUGAGUCACCGGGGUGAGGAGAUGGGCUCCAUACGAGGACGGGUCAGAGUCCAUGUGCCCAAAGACAGACGGACGACUCGGAAGAAAAUCUAUGAUAUGUUCUGUUUUGAAAAAGAUGAUAAAAGUCCUGGGAGGGGACACGCGUCUCCUGCACUAACACGACUCCCAGUCACUAGGCCAUCUGGAGUACCUGUAAAAGUGACUCCGAGCAGCUACACCAACCCUGCCUACUUCAUCUUCGAAGGCGUAUCAGUCCCACCCAAACUGGAGGAGCCUCUGCCCCAGCGAAGGGACCUUCAGCUCAUCUGGUCUGGUAAAGUGGCCUUGCAGCUCCCAAAAGUUUCAGCCCAUUCGAGGUUUGACAGGAGAAGUUGUCACAGGUCAGACUUUACCGAAAUUGAAAUUCCGGCCAUCCUGUCCCAGUGCUCUCCAGCCACUGAUUUUCACCCCCCCCAAAGGGACUCCUCUUAUCAGCUUUUUCCAGUUCAGAACCCUUCUCCAGUGCCCCCACUUUCAAGUAACACCAGACCACAGUACCAAGUGCAGACGUCACAACUCAGAAACCAACACCAAGGGAAAAUGAAUGUUCAGGACUCCAUGCAGCCUGAAAGCAGCAUAAGGAACCUGUACAUGAAUCACUCUGCAAUCAUGAAGGAAAAAUCCAGACAAGAUAAACACCAGCUUUUCCCAGCAAGGACAAACGCAAUCCAAACAGCAAAGAUGCCAUCAGCUCUGCCUUAUACCCCCACUCACCUGGCACACUGUCACACCUCUGCUUCCUGGAUCAAUAAUCAGUCAGUGAUUAAUAAACACUUUCCGGAGCCAACGGGAGACAACUCUCUCACCGCUUUGCAAAUUGCCAAGUCCCUCAGCGAGGUGGACUUUUUCCCAUCAGAGAAAAAAUGCCAGCAAACAGUCAGGCAGAGGGCAGGCUGCAGAAACGGUCCUUCCAAACAUGGAGACAGAGGCUACGUGUGGGAGAAAGAGGUGUCAGUCCUCAAAGGUGCACCAGAAACUGUGCAGGAGCUUCUUAGUACUCUAGGUCUUCAAAAAUACACCUUGGGUCUUAGCCUCAGUGGCUGGGAUGAUCUGGAUUAUUUCAGUGGCAUCACUGAGGAGGAUCUGUGUGCUGCGGGGGUAACUAACCCAUCACACCGACGCAGGAUCCUGGAGAACCUGCCCAGGAACUGGACCUGACAGGACCACGAUGGUGCAAAGUUUGGUCACAACUAGAACUGGAAAAGACUUUCAACAGCUGAAAGAAUGACAUUCUGAGGCUCCGACACAUCGGCCAAAAGACUGCAGUGUUUUCCAUGUGCUGGAUUUAUACUGUAACUGUUCAUCUGUUCCAACACAGAGAAGAAGAACAUAAUAUAUGAAGGACUCUUUGCACAUUAUAUUUUCUUUAUCUACCAACUUUAAAACUUAU